GAAAGAACUCGGGGGCGGGGCCGAGCGGCGCUUCCCUCAAGUGCUGAGGCGUGAAAUCAUAGAGAGGGAGGGCCAGAGAGUCAUGGCGGUUUUGAAAAUGCCUCAGGGCCUGUAAAGUUCGGCAUUUCCCUUUCAAGAUGCCCCUCUCAGACUUUGUUCUGGCCCUGAAGGACAAUCCUUACUUUGGGGCUGGAUUUGGGCUGGUGGGUGUGGGCACAGCCCUGGCCCUGGCCCGGAAGGGCGUCCAGUUGGGCCUGGUGGCAUUCCGGCGCCAUUACAUGAUCACACUAGAAGUCCCUGCUCGAGACAGGAGCUAUGGCUGGUUGCUUAGCUGGCUCACCCGCCACAGUACCCGGACUCAGCACCUCAGUGUCGAGACUUCAUAUCUUCAGCAUGAGAGUGGCCGCAUCUCCACUAAGUUUGAAUUUGUCCCCAGCCCUGGAAACCACUUUAUCUGGUAUCGAGGGAAGUGGAUCCGAGUGGAACGAAGCCGACAGAUGCAGAUGAUAGACCUGCAGACGGGGACGCCUUGGGAAUCCGUCACCUUCACGGCUCUGGGCACUGACCGCAAAGUUUUCUUCAGCAUCCUGGAGGAAGCUCGAGAGCUAGCCUUGCAGCAGGAGGAAGGGAAGACAGUGAUGUACACAGCCGUGGGCUCUGAAUGGCGCCCCUUUGGCUAUCCACGCCGCCGCCGGCCACUGAGUUCUGUGGUUCUAGAACAGGGUCUGGCUGACCGAAUUGUCAGAGACAUCCGGGAAUUCAUCGAUAACCCCAAGUGGUACACUGAUAGAGGCAUUCCCUACAGACGUGGCUAUCUGCUUUAUGGGCCCCCUGGUUGCGGAAAGAGCAGUUUUAUCACAGCCCUGGCUGGGGAACUGGAGCACAGCAUCUGUCUGCUGAGUCUCACGGACUCCAGCCUCUCCGAUGACCGGCUCAACCACCUGCUGAGUGUGGCCCCGCAGCAGAGCCUGGUGCUCCUGGAGGACGUGGAUGCUGCCUUUCUCAGUCGAGACCUGGCUGCGGAGAACCCAGUCAAGUACCAAGGUCUAGGUCGUCUCACCUUCAGUGGACUGCUCAAUGCCUUGGACGGUGUGGCUUCCACCGAGGCACGCAUUGUGUUCAUGACCACUAACCAUGUUGACAGGCUGGACCCUGCGCUCAUACGCCCCGGGCGGGUAGACCUGAAGGAGUAUGUGGGCUACUGCUCACACUGGCAGCUGACCCAGAUGUUCCAGAGGUUCUAUCCAGGGCAAGCACCUUCCUUGGCUGAGGCCUUUGCAGAACGUGUCCUUCAAGCUACAACUCAGAUCAGUCCUGCCCACGUGCAGGGCUACUUCAUGCUGUAUAAAAAUGAUGCUGCAGGGGCAGUUCACAAUGCUGAGUCCCUGAGGAGCUGACAACUGGACUGUGCUCGGCUCUCCUCCUCUAGGAGGUCAAUAAACACCUGCCACACUCUGGGCUCUG